AUGGUUGGACACAGCUUUGGACAGCUGACUGCACUAUGCGUCGCCAACAGUAUGGAUCUGGCCGAUGGCAUCCGUCUGGUCACAGAACGAGCGCGAUUCAUCAAGAAGCUCUGGGGCUCCGAUCCCGGCGUCAUGCUUUCAGUUGAAGCUGACAGCACCGAGAUCCAGUCGCUCUUGUCGGAAAUCAAGGCCCUCGAGCCUCCGUGCGGUGUUGACGUGGCAUGUUACAACAGUCCCAGGAACAUUGUACUUGCAGGCGAGGUGCCAUCUAUAGAAACAGUCGAAGCUCUAUGCCGGCAUUCGACAGCUUACAAAGUGACACGACUGAAGAACAGCCAUGCAUAUCAUUCUCGACUCGCAGACCUCAUUCUGCCCAGUCUGCGGGGAGUCGCUGAAUCCAUCACCUGGCGAGAACCGUCAAUCCCGGUCGAAACAUGCACUCCAGACCACAGCUGGCCAACAGUCAAUGCGACCAACAUUGUGAACCACACAAGACAACCAGUCCACUUUGCAGCCGCCAUCAGCCGAAUUGCCAGUCGCUACGCAUCCAAUGUCUGGCUGGAGGCAGGAUCGGCAUCUCCCAUCAUUCCCAUGGUGCAGCGAGUGCUUCCCAGCCCCAGCGAUGGCCUCUUGAUUCGUCUCGACCUCGGUGGCCAAGGUGCAUGGAAUGACGUGGCAAAGGCAACUGCUCGUCUGUGGUCUGCUGGUUCUCGAUCUACAUUCUGGGCCUUCCACUCCAUGGAGCAGUCGCGCUACGCAUGGGUUGAUUUACCCCCCUACCAGUUCGCGCAGACCAGGCACUGGAUAGAAUACAAGGCUUCUGCACCGCAGAAAACACUCCCAGAGCCCGGCGCCACUAGAGGGCGGGAGCUGGUCCAACUCAUCGGUCAUGACAAUGGCGAAGCUCGGUUCGAGAUCAAUGUCUUUCAAGAUGAGUUUGACCAGUCAGUGCGCGGACAUGCGGUCCUGGGCCAGAGCCUCUGUCCAGCCUCGAUGUACUGCGAGCUUGCAAUUCGCGGAGCGAGAGCCUUGAUGCAAGGCACACCCAACGUCCAGACUGUUCCUCGCAUCCUGGAUCUGCGCAUUCUCUCUCCGUUGGCAUCAAAACCGGCGGGUCUAUUACUCCUGACAUUGUCCGAAACGAAAGGCCAAAGCGCAUGGGUCUUCUCCCUCGAGACACGGUCAACCGACGAAGGAUCCCCCCGGACGGUCACCCAUGCCCAUGGCACGGUGGCUCUGAUCGACGAGUCCACCGUUACAUCUCGUUUCCAGUCGCUUCGGCGACUCCUGGGGAACUCUCGGUACCAGCAGAUUGCCGAGUCAUCCAAUGUUGAGCGGUUGUCCGGGGACGUCAUCUACAAACUUUUUGCGCGUGCCGUCAACUACGCCCCCUACUACCGAGGGGUGCGCAAUGUGAUCGCAUACGGCUCCGAGGUCGUCGGCGACGUGAUCAUGCCAAAGCAUCGUCCAGAGGGUCUGCCUCCUGGUGAGUCAGAUCCUCUCACCAUGGACAAUGUACUGCAGGUGGCAGGCAUUCAUGUCAACUGUCUGAUGCCCUGCAAAGAGGAGGAGGUAUUUGUCUGCACUGCCAUCGAGGAAGUGCUUUGGAGUAGCGCCUUUUCCGGCCCAUCCAGUAACCCGCGGAAAUUACAAGUCUAUGCCAACAAUGAGGCCAGAGGCAACAAUUCACUUGAAAACGACAUUCUAGCUCUGGACCCGAUCACCGGUGAAGUCGUCGCUUUCAUACUGGGAGCGAAGUUUACCGCUGUUCCUCUCAGCUCCCUGCGCAAGGUUCUCUCCAAGUUGAAUGAUCCUACGCAGGCUAUUCCGUCGAACCAGCCGGUGGUUGCCCAGCCCUCACUGCCUGGGAGUGCCCUAUCUGUGGUGCGUCACGAACCGAAUGGCGCGAACGGCGUGAACGGUGCCGUUGGCCAAGAUGAUCAUAUCAUUAGUAGUACUUCAGGUACUGGCAGCAAGGCAGCUCUACUAGCAUCCAGCUCACCAUCCCACGCCAACCGUAUGGAGGCGCUACGACAGAUGCUCAGCGACAUCCUUGGAGUUCCCCUGGCCGAGAUCCAGUCAGGUUCAUCCCUGGUUGACCUAGGCGUGGACUCGCUCAUGAUCACGGAGAUUGCCAGCGAGAUCAAUCAGCGAUUUGAUCUGACCAUCUCCGUCAGCGUUCUUCAGGACCUGACUGACCUCCAGUCACUGUUACAGCGCCUACAGCCGAUGCUGCCAGUGACAGCUCAACUGCCAGACGUCGACGAUUCGGUCAGCUCAGGGCAGAUCAUUGAUGACAGCAUGGUCAUGGUCAGCGCCGCAUGGCUCUCCAACAAUCGCGGGGCCUAUGAUCAGGUUGUUAAGGAGGCCGGACUCGACCAGUUUCGAGAGAUCGUCUACCCCCUGCAAGCACAACUUGUUGUCGCCUAUGUGACUGAGGCAUUUGCCCUCCUUGGAUGCGAUCUCAGGACACUGUCCGCGGGUGAUGUCCUCCCAAGAAUCACCUACCUGCCGAAACACCAGAAGGUGAUGAACCAGAUAUUUAAUAUUCUCGAAGAUGCUGGCCUUGUCCUUCGACAGGAUGGGGGCAAUAUCCAACGGACUUCUAUCCCCCUCAGUACGGUCUCGUCCGAACAACUUCAUGACAGAAUUGUACGCGAAUUUCCUCGGCAUGUCUCGGAGCAUCAGCUCCUACAUACCACUGGCUCUCAGCUGGCCGAUUGUCUUACUGGACGCGCUGACCCUUUGUCUUUGAUCUUCCGAGACACCGCCACCAAACGGUUGCUUGAAGACGUGUACACCAACGCCCCCAUGUUCAAAGCCGGUACCCUGUUCCUGGCUCGCUUUCUCGUCGAUGCCUUCCAGCAGUUUGGGAACCAGCGGCCCAUUCGGAUCUUAGAGCUGGGAGCUGGCACUGGUAGCACCACCAGCUUCCUUCUUCAGCAACUCACCACCACCCAGCAGAGCUUUGAGUAUAUGUUCACCGACCUGUCGUCCUCUCUGGUGUCCGCAGCCAAGAAGAAAUUUGGCCAGUACCCAUUCAUGAAGUAUCGAGUUCUCGACAUUGAGAAGGCCCCAGCAGCCGAUCUCCUCGAGCAGUAUGACCUGGUGAUUUCCACCAACUGCAUCCACGCCACGAGGAAUUUGGUGCAGUCCUGCUCGAACAUCCGUCGUAUGCUACGUCCUGACGGUAUUCUUUGCCUUCUUGAACUGACCCAGAACCUAUUCUGGUUUGACCUUGUAUUCGGGCUGCUAGAAGGCUGGUGGUUAUUUAACGAUGGUCGCCAGCAUGCUCUGGCCAACGAGACCCUGUGGCAAGAACGCCUUUUGGACUCGGGCUACAACUGGAUCACUUGGUCCGAAGGGCUGACAGAGGAGUCGAAGAUUCUGCGAAUGAUUGUUGCAUCUCCUACCAAGGGCGACUCUUUUGCACCGGAGACGCUUCCCAUCCAGACAACGCUACCAACGCAGGAGACAGUGGCCUUCAAGCACACCGACUCUGCCACCCUGAAAGCAGACAUCUACUACCCUUCGGGAUUGCAGACGAGCAAUAAGGCGCGACCGGUCGCGUUGAUGAUCCACGGUGGAGGUCACGUCAUGCUCUCCCGAAAGGACGUCCGGCCUCAGCAAACGCAGCUCCUGUUGGAUCUGGGCUUCAUCCCCGUUAGCGUCGACUAUCGGCUCUGUCCUGAGAUGAACUUGCAAGAGGGUCCCAUGGCCGACGUCCACGAUGCUCUGCGUUGGGCGAGAACGUCAUUGCCCUCACUGACUCUGCAGCGUCCUGACAUCCAAAUCCGUGGCGGCCGGGUCGUGGCCGUAGGCUGGUCCACCGGUGGUCACCUCGCCUUGAGCCUGGGCUGGACGGCUCCGAGUGCAGGGAUUCGGCCCCCUGAAGCCAUUCUGGCCUUCUAUUGCCCCCUGGACUAUGAGGAUCCCUUCUGGUCGCGCCCGAACCUGCCGUACGGGGAAUCCAUGACGUCUGAUUAUGACCUGUGGGACGGCGUGGCGGAUGCCCCCAUCACAGGCUAUAACCCUCCGCCCUCGGCCGUAGCGGCGGGCGGGUGGAUGGCCAAGAGUGAUGCGCGUUCACGCAUUGCACUGCAUAUGAACUGGCAGGGUCAGACGCUGCCUAUACUGAUCCACGGGCUAAAACGAAACGAGAAGAUCUUGAGCCAUCACACGGAGGAACUACCUACUCCAACGCCGGCCCAGGUGCGGUCUAUCAGCCCCUUGGCGCAGAUUCGACAGGGAAGCUACCAGACCCCGACGUUUAUUGUGCACCCCGAUCGGGACGAUCUGAUUCCUUUGGAGCAGGCCCAGCGCACCCACAAGGCACUGAUCCAGAGAGGGAUUCCAGCGGAGUUGAGGAUUGUUGAAGGGGCUGGCCAUCUAUUCGACAUAAACCCCCGUUAUGCGGACAAUGCUGCGGCUCGCCAGGCAGUCGGUGAUGGAUUUCUCUUUCUGGCUUCUUGCGCUGGGCUCAGGUAG